AUGUCUGAUAAUAUCCUGUGGGAUCUGCCAGCUCUCCGGGCCACUGUCACGCCUGACUGUGAGAUCCUUCACGAUCCUCAGGACCCUCGAUUUCACGAACGUCUCAGGCGUUGGACCGGCAUCGACCGAAGGACCCCCCACUGCUAUUAUCCUCCCCCGUCGUCCAUUCCCUUUGUGACCACCUGUGGCGGCCAUAGCGCCUGGUCGACGAUCGGUGUGGAGGGAAUAAUUAUCGGCCUUAGUACAAAGACCGCUACUUUGGUCGGCGGGGUUCUAUCCAAACAAGUGGGCAUGCGUCUGGCCAAAGCAGGGCUGUUCACAGCACUAGGAAACGGCAAUAUGGUCGGUGCAAUCCCCUACUUUCUCGGCGGUGGGGUCUCCAUCACGUCCUCUAUCACAGGGUUUGGGUCCGAUCAAAUCGUGUCCGCGCGGCUUAUCACGGCUAAGGACGGUGAGAAGCUGAUCGAGUUCUUCGGGCUGGUAACUGAACUCACAAUCCGUGCACACCCGCUCUCCCUCCUCCGUAGGCAAAAGGGCCUGAUUUGGAUCGGAGCUUUUAUCUUCCCACUCGAACGGGCAACGGAGGUGGCUCCAGUGAUGAAGAGACUGAUGGCAGAUGCCCAAUAUGAGGUUGCAGGCUUGAUGAUGAUCAGUACUCCGCCACCCACUCGCACUCCAUACCUGGUCAUCGCCGCGCGGUACACCGGCGCUGAGGAACCGCAAGUCCCAUUCAAAGCACUCUACGAUCUGCAUCCCAUGGUUGUCACCGGAGGUGACGUUCCCAUCCAGAACACCAGCGACGCACGGGAAGUCCUGUGCGCAAAGGGCGAUUUUAAACAGUUCGGUGUGGUCGGAUUACAUGAGUUCAACGCUGACGGCCUUGUACGCACUAUUGACACCUGGAAGCAAAUGGUGCAUGACUGCCCCGAUGCCAUCAAGACUGGGUUUAACUUUCAAUGGGAUUCACGGCCAGUCAAGACGCCCGAGGUGGAGUCGGCUAUGUCCUUGCACGAUAUCCGAUACUGGCAGAACAACUUGAUCUGGCAUACAGAGGUAAGGAACAGUGGUAAGGUGGGGGCGUACAACAAUGAGUGCAUCUCCAUCAUGCGCGGUGUCGAUCAGUCACACUUCAGACCCUAUCGCGGACAGGUUCGCUUGGAGAAGCUACGUAGAUUGAAAAUAGAGUGGGAUGCGCAAGGUGCGUUUACUAGGCAAAUGCUCGAUUGA